GGGCGGGACAGAGGCGGCGCGGCGGCGACGUUGGCGUUGUCAGAUCCUUGGCAGGAUGGUUUCCCAGCUGGGAGUGGACGAGCUUCUGCACGUUUUCUCCUUCCUGGAGGCGCGGGACCUGCUGCAAGCCGCGCAGGUGAACACGGUCUGGAAUGAAGUUUCAAAGACCAAGGAACUGUGGAGGCAGCUGUGUCUGAGACGCUGGUCCUCCUGCAGAGCUUCUCAAAUGGUCCCUGGCACACAAACAUGGAAACAGUACUAUCUUUCCCGGUCUGAGCUGGAGUUUCGAGUGGAAUCUGGGCGGCCUGAGGACUUUGUCUGCAAAGCUAUUGCUGGACACACAGGACAGAUAGAUCAGCUGGCUUAUGUUUCGACCAAUGAGUACCGGUUUGACGGAAGGGAGAAGUCUGUGGUUUGCACUGUGUCUGCAGAUUGUACUGUGCGUGCCUGGGAUUUGCAUGAGGGCACAGAGAUUUGGUCUAGCCCUGUGCAGCCAGCUCCGCUGGUGAAUUUGGUCACCUAUCCUCAGCAGCAGCUAGUCAUCACUGUUGACACACAAGGAUUGAUCAAAGUAUGGAAAGCUGAGACUGGAUGUGAAGGGGCCUCCUUCUCCUUACUGACUUCCUGUGCUGCCAUGGAAGCCUAUGACCGGCCUGAGGAUCCCUUUCUGCUGGUAGUCUGUGCCGAAGGAAACCUCCGUACACUGAUGGUGCCUCAGCUGAAGGUUGUCUCCAAGGUGACCACUUUUCCCCAUGCCUCCUUGGGCUUUUCAGGUUCACCUGAUGGACAGUGGGUAUACGUAUUCCCACAGCAUUUGGACUUGGGCCCACAGGUCUUCUACAUUCAGUCUCUGCUGGACCCAUUGGAAGAUGAGCCUCCUGUCUCCACCAUCCUCCCUGUCAAUCUGGCUUCCAGGGCCUGCUGGGCCCCAGGGGAGGCAGCCAGGCUGAUUGUGAUGCACAGAAAUAGUGAUUGCACACAGAUGAUUGUCACUACCUUCGAGUUAAAGGCGGAGAAGUGCAGGGGUAGAACGAACACUCUGGGUAAGGUCCCCAUGCUGGCUGCAUUCUUCGGGUCGUCACCGUUGCACUACAGUGCUUCCUGAGCAGUUUCCUCACCUUUUCUUUUUCUUUAGGCCAUUUUUCUUCCCUCUCAUGGAAAUAUGUGCAAAAGUUCUUUGAUUUUAUGCACUGGUUCAGUGAUGAGCACUUGCUAAAUGUUGAGGAACCAUGUGUGCUUUGGGGAUUCAGUCAGUAAAUACUGUCCACCUCCACUCUCUUCCCCCUCCUUACUGAUCUUCAUGCCUUCUUUCAUUCCUGCUGCCCCAAGUAUGUUCAAAGACCCAGUUCUCAGCACUGAUGCAAAUGUGCUUGUGUAAAAGCUGGAACACUGCCUUCAAGGCAUUCCUAGUCCAGUAGAAAAACAAGAUCCACAACUCUUCCACUCUCCAUUAUUUCCUAAUCCUCACGUUAUCUGACAGGCCUUCUCUUUAGUCCUUAUCAUUUUUCCCUUUGUAUGUAUUCAUUUGUUCUCACAUCAUUUGACCAUAAAUUUUACUCUAAGCUUCCUGACAGCUGAGGAAAAAAAAAGGGAAAUGCGAUGUGUAAAAUACCCCUUGUCUGAUACAAGAAAACACAUGAAUUCUUCACAAGAGGUAAUUUUUUUUCCUGGUAUAAAUGAGUAGUGGUAUACAGUAUGAAGGUCAAUCUCUUCAAUAGUAGUUUUUGGCAGAUGUCAUAUAAUUUUCAUUAUAGCAGUUUCUUCUUUGGUGGUACUGGGGUUUGAAUUCAGGAGCCCUGAUCAGUGUGGCCAUUUCUUAUAUCAUCCUUAGAUGGGAAAGGGAAAAAGCCAGGCAGAGAGCCCGUUCUGUUUGUCAGACACUCUGCUAGUCACUUUAUAAGCCAGAUCCUUUGAAUUAUCACGCCUGCCUAUGAGUGCAGUAUCGUAGUCAGCAUUUAGUAGCUGAUGAAUUGGUAUUUAGUGAAUGCAUGGGGCAGGGUUGAGUACAGAUCUGGCUGUGAAGCCUUCACUCUUUGCAGUAUCACAUCAUCAUGGGUGAGGUAUAGGCCUGUUCCAGAGAAGCAAUCUGUGUGUUCUUAUCCCCA